AAAAACUAGAUGGCACUUCUAAAAAAUAAACCGAUAUUAAAUCAGGUCGUGAAUAGGCAACUUUAUAUUGACACUAGAGAAUACCGAUAACUGGUCGUAGAGUAAGGUAAGUAAUGAGUGCACAUCUCUACACAGUUUGACAGCUGCUAUUGUUGUCGAACAAGGUUUCGCGAGUUGCUAGAGAUUUCGAUUUUUUUCGUACAGCGAAAGCACGCGUGUGUUUUUAGCGAAAUCUGUGAAUUUCCCAGCAUAUUAAUUGUUUUGCUAACCUUUUACAACUGCUUAUUUUUGUCUGUGUCCCGUGAUUGCUGAAAAUAUGUCUCUAUUCGGAUCUUUGAUGGCCGACGUGGAAGACGAUCCAUUUUUUGGGUCGCAUAUGCGUCACAUGCGGCAGAUGAACAACAUGAUGAACUCGUUGUUCUCGGAUCCGUUCGGUAUGCUCGGGGGCGGAGGGCCAUUGGCAAUCGGAGGGCCCCGUCACGGCUCCUCGCUUAUGCCCUUCAUGCCUCAGAUGCCGUCGCUCAACAGACUCUUCUCAGCUGAAAUGGUUAACCAUCCGUCACAUGUGUUGCUACCCCGGACCUCUAACCCUGGCUACGGGGCUGCUCUGCACACAAGGGACCUCGACGGGAUGGGUACUGGCAGUUCCUUCAGCAGUAGCACUGUCGUCAUGUCUAGUGGACCUGGUGGCAACCCACAGGUAUAUAGCUCGACAAGUAGCACCAAAAUUGGCCCCAACGGAGUGAAGGAGACUCGCAAGACACUGCAGGACUCGCGCACUGGCACCAAAAAGAUGUCUAUUGGUCACCACAUCGGCGAGCGCGCCCACCUGAUCGAGCGCGAACAGAACCUGUACUCGGGAGACGCGGAGGAACGCCAGGAGUUCAUCAACAUCGAAGAGGAGGAGGCCGAGGACUUCGACAGGGAGUUCCAGGUGAAGGCGGGCGCGGCGGGCCGCGCGGGCAACCCUGCGCGGGCGCUGCCGGCCGCGCCGCGCCGCGACCCGCCCAGGCUGGCGCUGCCGCCCGCGCCCUCCGCCAAUGCUAGUCCGUCAAGCACAGACCGAUACAGUACGGACCGGUAUAGUACGGACCGCCCCAGUAGCGAGCCCCGAGAGCGGCGCGUGCGCCCCACCGCGCGGCGCCCGCUGCGCACGUCGGCUAGCCCGCUUACCACCAGCACGAGUGUCCGCGAGGUGUACGGCGGUUCACACCCCCAGCGCCACCGACCGAAACACCACAAGACACACCGGCCUGCGGAGAACUGAGAUCUUAUGUAAAUGACAAGAUUGUAUGGGCGAUAGCGACGUUAUGACAAAAUACACCUUACAAAGUGAAGAUUGAAUCGAAUUAAUCAUAAUAAUUUAUUUGCCACUAGCGACCCGUCCCGGCUUCACUCGGGUUCAAUGCUGAGGAAAAAAUUUAAUUAUUUACGACAUCACAUUAAAAAUCUCAAAAAUAACAGUAUUUCUCCACUGUUUAAUGGAUGUUAUUAUACAUAUAAACCUUCCUCUUGAAUCACUCUAUCUAUUAAAAAAAAUCGCAUCAAAAUCCGUUGCGUAGUUUUAAAGAUUUAAGCGUACAUACGGAUAUAGGGACAGGAAAAGCGACUUUAAAAGGUACAUUACAAAUCUGACUCGGGCGGGACUUGAAUCCGCUGGUCUCGUCAAGCCGGGACGACUGUGUUAACCAUUACAGGAACAGUCAUCAGUCAUCAUCCUGGCCAUGCGAAAUUUUAACGCUAGUUGUCUAGGUAAUUCGUACGGUCACGAGCAUUAAUAUGUAUACACUUUGGUACCAUGUCACAUUAACUUUUUUGACAAAUUCAACUAUGUUAGUGCGACAGAGUCCUAAAGUGGGUACUGAACACAAGUGAAGUGAUAAGCACGCAUCAGCACAAAGUGCUGCCUGUGCUUCCAAUAAUAAUAAUAAUAAUUAAGCGGUUUAAGCAUGAUAUGGUAAUAAACAUACAGACAAGAGAUGAAGGUGUAGAAGUGAGGUGUAUUUUGAUAUAAUUAAUUCGAUUAAAAUAAAUAUGUGCGUGCAAACAAUUCUCAUCUAGGUAUGGCAUACAAAUACAGGGUGUUAAUGACACCGUACUGAAUACUUAGGGGAUGAUUCAGAUCAUGAUUCUGAGUUAAUAUCAAGUGUAAUUUCCCGUCAGUUUUUUUUUAAUUAUCUUCACUUUUGCGACGCAUCAUGUACUGAAUCACCCCCGUCAGUAUCGCUAACUCCCGUUUAACCUUACUUCGCGGAAUGAAUUGUUUAUAAUGAAUUACUAACAGAAGCUUUUGAAAGGAAUGUACAAGUAAUUCAAACUAAGAAGUCGCUAUCGCUCAGUGAAUAGGAAAAGCUGAGAAGCAUGGUCUGAGAGCCCUCAGCGCUCCCCAUUUGUCUGGCCAUGUAGUGAAUGCUACCCGUGGCAAAACUAGAAGCGCUUCGAAUCGGUAUGAUUUUGUUUGUAAGGUAGAGAGUGAUAUGGGAUUUUUAUCCUGGAAAAAUGUAUGGUCGUUGUGGUAUAAGCCGGACACUCCAUACAAAAAUCUCUUUCUUACUCUGUGCCGCCUAGCGUGUAGGUGCGAGCGGGACAGAUAGUCCGCGCGCACGCUGCUUUACUCCUUAACAGCUUGUGACCACUAAUUGGUGGGCUCUGUUUUCCGCAUUUAGACUCUAAGAUGGCCCAUUAUGCGUGGGCUUAUGACCAUUUAGACAAAAGUAACACCUAGAUAGGUAAAUUCGGUACUGAUAAGAAUUAUUGCGGGCCGCAGUGUCCGUUGUAUUCUUUAUUCUAUGACGGUGCGAAUCGAAGCAGAUACGCGCAGUAUCAACCAAUCCCAGCGUCGGGUAAGUGAGAUAGAAGACGAUCUGUCACUGUCCCUCGCGGUGAUUGGUCGUUUCUUGCACAUAUCCGUCUGUCUCCGCUCUAUCAUAGAUUAAAUUAUAGUAUUACGUAUAGAACGGUAACUCUACGCCCCGCGCCAAUUCGUAUCGGGCGCUAACCUCACCCCCUCUGGGUUUUACUUCAGUCUUAACUGGCCGUAAGCCGCUAAGGAGUAAGGGAGAGAGCCCGCGGCACACGAUAAGAAUAAGAUUGUUGUAUGAAGCGUCUGGAAUGUGGCGCCGUAAAGCUGUGGUUAUAAUUAGCUAGUUUGAGACGUAAACAGCCAUGCUUCUAAGCUCUCCCAAUUCACAAAUCUUGCACCAAUUGACAAAAGACAACAUGAUUCCCGUGAUAAUGCGCCUUCAAUAGGAACUGGGACGAAAUUGUCGUGGAGACUUUCAUGGCAACUUAAAGAGUUAAUAUUUACUUUUAAAAUCUGUAGUUUUUCCAUUCCCCUGUAAUGAGGCUGUGCGUCUAUUUGAGCGGAAUCUGAGCGUAUGUCGCCACACACCGGACAUUCCGUACAAAAAUCACAUUUUUUCAUGCACUGUUUCACUGCGACCAGUAAGAUCUAUUGUCGCUGCCUUAUCCUGCAGUUCACUUCUUUACACUGACUUUCCAAAAUUAUGGCGUAGGACAGUGUUGCGUUCCUUUAACCUUAUGUCAUGGAUAACUGACAUAUGCAUCUUUUAUCUUUGUUUAAGCCCUACCCUAUUUAUAUAGUGUAGUAUUUCUUUAGGGGUGAGAUGUUUGAGCGCUCUGGAGUCAUUAGAUAUUCUCCAAAGAUGACAGCGUUUACUUAGUACGGGCUCACAUACCUCUAGUAUAUGGUAGGUUUCAAGUCUCCUUGUGGCAAAAGCUACGCUAUGUCACCUUAAGACUCAUCAAAAAGCGCAAUUCGUCCUUACGCGUUCAUAUUACCCUGUUGCAGAAAUUAGUAUCAUCAUAUGCUUACUCUUCUUUGCGAGUCGAUGGCGAUCGAUACAAAAUUUUUGCUGACCAAUAAUUGGCCACGCUUACGGAAUUGUCAGUGGCUUUGUAAAGGUCUUUAAUAGUGCAGGUGGGCACUUAGGACAGCACAAAAGGUGGGCCAUAGUUUUUUGAGCAUAUGCUUUGUAAAGGGCCUUCUCUCCCACGUACAGAAAGGCAAAUCUCCAACUCCCCCCCUCGCCACAAUCGUUUGGGCGUCACGCGUCAUACAUGGAUGCGCGUAUAUGUAUACAAUAACGUCAACGUGCAGUGUCUGUGUAAAACGAGGUGUUUUGUAUGAAGAGUUUGGGUUGUGAGCCAGAUGCAGUUAGUUCUACAGGACUCGACAUAAAACAAAUCUAAGGGUCAGAUCCGCAUCUGUGGGUCUAGUGGAUGCACAGCUUUAUUUAAUUCAUAAUGAAAUUAGUUGUAACGAAUAUUUUUUAUUCAAUGAAUUAUAAGUACUUGUAGUAUCCAUACUAGUAUUCCCGAUUUUAUUUUCGGUUUAUUCCUCAAUAGUUUUAGUUUUAAUUUAGAUCCCUUUAUUUAUUUUGUAUUGCUUUUCUGAUUGACUCGGAAAUGGAAUUUGCUAUUCCAUUUUUAUUAGGUUAGUUAUGAAUAGAUAGUGUUUGUAAGUAUGUAAAAUGUUAUGUGGAAAACAUAGGAAAUGUCAGAAGUCACCGAUUACUUAUGAAAAUUUGCCGGUUUUUCGGAAAGUAAGUAAAAACUUGUUAGUUUAAUGAAUUUUGCUAAAUUGUUUGCUUUAGAAUAAUCCAUAAGUGUUUCCAUAUAACAACGUUACUGAUACAAAUAUGGAGUAAAAAUGGUUUUCUAAAUUCACGCCAUGAUCCGUAUAGACGAGAGCAGAUUCGCAAAAUUCACCCAAAAACCAGUUGUAGUGUAGUCCUUUCUCCACCACGCUCCACUAGUUAGUGGAGCUGGUGUUUUUUUACUCCAUAUGCACAAUAAGACGGGCUCCCACCCAAUCUCGAGCGUCCCUGAAUGUUAUAGUUCACAAUUAAGUUAAAUUAAACCAUAGAAAGUAAAUAAAUAAAGUUGUAUUCAGUAGAAUAA